CGUGAGCAAUACGGAGAAAUUUACUCAAAACAAUUGUGAGGCCACAAACGAGGCUUCAACUUAAAACAAUGUCUUCCACUUGCACAGCCUCUGCCCUCCUCCACACUCUCCCGCUCCGGCGGGUGCACAAGGCGACCUGCUCCUCCUGCGCGGCGACGCCUCGCUCCCCCGUCCUCACCCUCGGGAGGCGGCCAUGUUUAUUCGUGCUAACGGCGGCGACUUUGCUGAGAGCUAGAGAGUCGCCGGUGAAGGCGGAAGACAUCCCACUCUUCGGACUCAGAAAGAAGCUGAAAAAGGUCGAACAGGAGGCGGAGGAGAUUCUGAAGGAAGGGUUCGACACGGCGGAAAAGGGGAUCGAAACGGCUGAGAGGGGGAUCGAAACGGCGGAAAGGGGGAUCGAAACGGCUGAAAGAGGGAUCGAAACGGUGGAGAGAGAGGUCGAGACGGCGAUCAGUUUCGGAGGGUUAGCGCAGGCAGGAGCGGUGGCGGGAACGGAGGCUGUGGGUAUAUUGGCUGCUACGUCUCUUGUGAAUGAGAUUCUAGGGCCCGAAGGCCAGAAAUCAUGAUAAGAAUUUAUUCUGUACUGUAUCGCGAAAUGGUGUUUGGAAUGUUAGAUUUAAUUUGCUGCUGUUAAUUAAUUUGGGGUUUAAUUAUGGCUUUGUAUGUAUAAUAGAUGGAUGGAGUUCAUUUUUUCUGUACCCUUUAAUUGACUGGAGUUCAUCACAUUGUAAUCAUUAAUCUUUCUCAAUACUUCGAUAGUAUUGUUGCUGA